AUGUCAAAGUCUAAAUACCUCAGCGGAGACUCAACCGCCAUCAAUGAGUUCUUGGACCGAUUCGACGCUUUUCUCUUUGAUUGCGAUGGCGUCCUAUGGUCCGGAGACAUCGUCUUCGAAGGCGUCCCCGAGACCCUGAACCUCCUCAGAGCAAAGGUGCUCACCAAUACAACCUCCCUCCCCGGAAAACUAUGUAAAUAUAAAGGCAAAAAAGUCAUCUUCGUAACAAACAACUCCACCAAAUCCCGCCAAGACUACCUCCAAAAACUCACCAACCUCGGCAUCCCCGCCUCCCUCGACGAAGUCUUCGGCUCCUCCUACUCCUCCGCCGUCUACAUCGCCCGCAUCCUCAACCUCCCCCCCACCAAGCGCAAAGUCUUCGUCCUCGGCGAAGCCGGAAUCGAGACCGAGCUGCGCGCCGAAAACGUGCCCUUCAUCGGCGGCACCGAUCCGGCCCUGCGCCGCGACAUCACGCCCGACGAUUACCGCGGGCUCGCGGACGGUUCGCUCCUCGAUCCGGAGGUGGGCGCCGUUCUCGUGGGGUUAGAUUUUCAUUACAAUUAUCUUAAGAUGGCUACGGCGUUUCAGUAUUUGAGGAGGGGAGCUUUGUUUUUGGCUACGAAUGUCGAUAGUACGCUGCCGAAUAGUAACGGGUUUUUCCCGGGGGCUGGGGCGAUUUCGAUCCCGCUUGUGCAUAUGAUGGGGGGUGUGCAGCCUACGAGCUUUGGGAAGCCGAGUCAGGCUAUGAUGGAUGCUAUUGAGGGAAAGUUUAAGCUGGAUCGCGCGAGGACGUGCAUGGUUGGCGAUCGGCUUAAUACCGAUAUUCAGUUUGGUAUUCAGGGGAGGCUUGGUGGUACGCUUGCCGUGUUGACGGGGGUGAAUAAGAAGGAGGAUUGGGAGGUGGAGGGUGCUCCCAUCGUACCUCAGUACUAUGUGGACAAGUUGAGCGACCUUCGCCAGUCCGAGUAG